CCUUCAUGUGGAUGGGAGCAGGUGCCAGCUAUGAAGAAGGAUGUGGCCAUGUCUUCACAUGACCCCUCCUGCAGAAAACCAAAGCUACCUCCAGACCCAUGUCCCAGUGCCCGGGUCUCUAUACAAUACAGUCCCAGGACAAAGCCAGCUCUUCACUGGAUGAUCUGAAAACUAGAGUUUGAGCCAUGAGCUUCAAGACUUUCCUUUACCUCUUCUUCAUUCAUAUUCAUGCCCACUCCUUAUUGCAGACUAUUUACUUCUAGAAAAACAGCCUUGGAUCAGUCCUUGAAGGCCUCCCCAAAUCUGGACCCUUUCUUUUGGCUCUGCUGGGGCCCUGAAAUCCAGUGUUUGGCAUAAUUGUUACUUUGGGGUGCUGAGGAGAAGCAGCCUUGGGUUGUGGCCUGGGGAAGGCACUGCAGGGUCCCAGGAUGGCGUCCAGUGACACACCCUCUUCCACUGCAUCCAAGAUCACCAUUAGCGUGAUCCUCACAGUCCUCAUCCUCAUCACCAUCGCCGGCAAUGUGGUUGUCUGCCUGGCCGUGGGCCUGAACCGCCGACUCCGCAGUCUGACCAACUGCUUCAUCGUAUCCUUGGCCAUCACUGACCUGCUCCUUGGCCUCCUGGUGCUUCCCUUCUCUGCCAUCUACCAGCUGUCCUACAGUUGGAGCUUCGGCCAGAUCUUCUGCAACAUCUACACCAGCCUGGAUGUGAUGCUCUGCACGGCCUCCAUCCUCAACCUCUUCAUGAUCAGCCUCGACCGGUACUGCGCCGUCAUGGACCCGCUCCGCUACCCGGUGCUGGUCACCCCCGUGCGGGUCACCAUCUCCCUGGUCUUCAUUUGGGUCAUCUCCAUCACCUUGUCCUUCCUGUCUAUCCACCUGGGGUGGAACAGCAGGAACAAGACCGUCGGUAGCAACCACACCAUCUCUAAGUGCAAAGUCCAGGUCAAUGAAGUAUACGGCUUGGUGGAUGGGCUGGUCACCUUCUACCUGCCUCUGCUCAUCAUGUGUAUUACCUACUACCGCAUCUUCAAGAUCGCCCGGAAUCAAGCUAAGAGGAUCAAUCACAUCAGCUCCUGGAAUGCAGCCACUAUCAAGGAACACAAAGCUACAGUCACCCUGGCUGCUGUGAUGGGGGCGUUCAUCAUCUGCUGGUUCCCCUACUUUACUGUGUUUGUCUACCGUGGGCUCAGAGGGGACGAGGCCAUCAAUGAGGUCACUGAAGCUAUUGUUCUGUGGCUGGGCUAUGCCAACUCAGCUCUGAACCCUAUCCUUUAUGCUGCAUUGAACAGAGACUUCCGCACUGCAUACCAGCAGCUCUUCUGCUGCAGGUCCACUGGCCACAACUCCCAUGGCACUUCUCUGAGGUUUACCAACUCUCAGAUGUCCAGGAGCCAAAGCAGAAAGCACAAGGGGCAGGAAGAGAACCCCCUGAAGCUACAGGUGUGGAGUAGGACUGAGUUUACGGCCCCACAGGGAGCAACAGACAGGUAA